CACCCUUCAAAGAAUGUUUCGUUCUCCUCCUAACCGAUGUGGAAUCUAACACUAUUUGCAAGGAGAUUGUUAGCCUCGUAAAGAAACAAAUCCUAGUUACUCUGUGUCCUAGAUCUGUAGGUUAAGAAAUCUAGGCUGAGAGGCACACAGCCAUAUUGAUGACCCACAAGGGUUAGAUAGCCCGUUUAGAUUAUGAGUUUCUAGAUUUGGGUUUGGUUUCAUUCCUGAUAUUUCACUCGACAAAAGUAUUGCUAAAUUCUGGUUGAUCAGAAGAACACAAAUUUCAUUCGUAUUCUUAAUUUAGUUAUGUUGUUUGAUAUGAACGUCUGGCUUACAUAAAAAGUAGUUUCCAUGGGGGAAAAAAUACCAGUCUGUAGCUUCCAUAUCUGUUUUGGCUGAUGAUUUUACAGUUCAAACAUUAGUGGCACAUAAUAUUCUCUGUUUUUAGAACAAAGUAUUUAGGCUCUGCCAAAAAUGGUUCUUUUUAACCUCUCUCUCUCCCCCAUAUAUGGCUAUCGUUUAAUGGCGCCUUCAGCCCUCUCCCUCUUUCUCUCUCACCUCCUCUUCCCAUCUUCCCAUCUUUCCAUCUCUCUAGCAACGGCCAAAUAAGAGGGAAUAUGGCAACGUAUGGAACAAUCCCGACGGAGCCAGUCCCUUUAUCGAACCUGCAUUCCACUUCUCGUGCAAGAGAGCGCAUUGCGUCGUGCCUCGGCACGCAAAGGCCAUGGAUGGAGAUGAUCCAGCUUCAAGACCUGACCUUCCCCGCAUCCUCUAAGCAGCUAAUCAACAGAAUUAAGAACAAUGCAGAGUUCUUCUGGACCAAUUACAUUCUCAUCAUAUUAUUCAUCCUCUUUCUAAGUUUGCUAUGGCAACCCAUUUCAUUUAUGGUCUUCAUCAUCUCAUUGUUGGCUUGGCUGUACUUAUAUUUCUUACACGACGAACCCUUUGUGAUUCGGGGCAGGGCGGUCGACGAUCGAUUGGUGAUGGUGGUUUUGAGUUUAGUCACCGUUGCAUUGCUUUUCUUUACGCAUGCAACUAAAAACAUUAUAAUUUCUAUGUCCAUUGGGGUGGUGAUGGUGUUUGUGCAUGGAGCAUUGAAAGGAAGUGAGGAUAUUUUCUCUUUGGAUGAAGAAGGUUUAUCAGAAUGUGCAGGUGGAAGAGGUGUCAUCAAGAUGCCUCUCAAGCACGCUGCCUCUGCUUCUUUCUCCCUAUCAUAGAAAAAACAAACAAACAGCGCUUUAUUUUAUGGCUCUUGAUGUUCUAAAAGGGAAAAGAGUUUGAGUUUCAUGUUUUUCCUUGUAAAUUUUGUUGUUACUGUUCAUAAUUGACUCCCUGGGUUUCCUUGUCCAUUA